AUGGUGCAGGUCGACCAGAAGGCUGUUCUUAUCGUCAUCGACGGAUGGGGUGUUGCGACUGAGAAGUCGCGCAAGGAUGGCGAUGCCAUUCUCGCUGCGGAUACCCCUACUAUGGACGAGUUCGCGAAGAGCGGCUCCAAGACUGCUCAGGGCUACACCGAACUCGAGGCCUCUUCCCUCGCCGUCGGCCUUCCGGAGGGCCUGAUGGGCAACAGCGAAGUCGGCCACUUGAACAUCGGUGCUGGUCGCGUUGUCUGGCAAGACUCUGUCCGCAUUGGCCAGACUAUCAAGAACGACAAGCUUGGAGAGGUUGAGAACAUCAAGAAAUCUUUCCAGAGGGCCAUCGACGGCAACGGCAGGCUUCACCUCUGCGGUCUGGUCUCUGAUGGUGGUGUCCACUCCCACAUCGACCACCUGAUCGCUCUUCUCAAGGUUGCCAAGAAGAUGGGCGUCCCUGAGGUCUUCAUCCACUUCUUCGGUGACGGCCGUGACACCGACCCGAAGUCCAGCGCUGGAUACAUGACGGAUUUGCUGAAGGCCUUGACGGAGAUCGGUACCGGCGAGAUCGCAACGGUUGUCGGCCGUUACUUCAUCAUGGACCGUGACAAGAGGUGGGACCGUGUCGAGAUCGGUAUGAAGGGCCUGGUUACUGGCGAGGGCGAGGAGAGCAGCGACCCGGUAGCCACCAUUAAGGAGAGGUACGAGAAGGGCGAGAAUGAUGAGUUCCUGAAGCCCAUUAUUGUCGGUGGAAAGGAGCGCAGAAUCCAAGACAAGGAUACUGUCUUCUUCUUCAACUACCGCUCCGACCGUGUUCGUGAGAUCACCCAACUCCUAGGUGACUUCGACCGCUCGCCCAAGCCCGACUUCCCCUACCCUGCCGAUAUCCACCUCACAACCAUGACCGCAUACAACCCUAAGUACACAUUCCCCAUCGCUUUCCCUCCCCAGCGAAUGGAUGAUGUUCUUGCGGAGACACUCGGAAAGCAGGGCGUGAAGCAGUGUCACGUUGCUGAAACCGAGAAGUACGCCCACGUUACCUUCUUCUUCAACGGUGGUGUCGAGAAGCAGUUUGAGAACGAGGAGCGCGAGAUGGUUCCUUCGCCUAAGGUAGCCACGUACGACCUCCAGCCUACGAUGAGCGCCAUGGCUGUGGCCGAGAAGCUCUGCGAGAGGAUUCAAACUGGCAAGUUCGAGUUCCUGAUGAACAACUUCGCACCACCUGACAUGGUUGGCCACACUGGUGUCUACAAGGCAGCCAUUGAGGCUUGCACAGAGACCGACAAGGCCAUCAAGAAGGUCUACGACCAGUGCAAGGAGAGCGGCUACGUUCUCUUCGUCACUGCCGAUCAUGGCAACGCCGAGGAGAUGCUUACAGAGGAAGGCACACCCAAGACAUCCCACACCGUCAACAAGGUUCCCUUCGUCAUGGCCAACGCCCCUGAGUCCUGGAGCUUGAAGAAGACUGACGGUGUGCUCGGUGACGUCGCACCUACUAUCUUGGCCCUGAUGGGUCUCUCUCAGCCCGAGAGCAUGGAUGGCUCCAGCUUGCUCGUCAAGUCGUAA